GGAGUGUGGCCGUUGAAGUCAUGCAGAAAACGCAAGAAAACUCUUUUAGCCAAAAUACCGCAACAUAUUUUUCUUAUACGCAUUCGUUUUUUCAUUCCCUUCACUGUUCUUCUCCGGCAAGCCUCUUCCGCUGCCCCAUGCCCGUUCCUUCUCUAUAAAUAUUACAUAUGAUCCUCCCCUAGCUUCAUCCUCAACUCCGGUUUUUUUAUAUUCCCGUUACAAUGGCAAAGCUCCCUCUUUUACUUUUCACUAUCAUCCUCAUUUCCGCGUCCUUCGCCGCCGGUGACAUUGGCGACGAGGAGCUCACGCUCCCCGAAGACGCGGGCUUCCCGGCGGCUACCGCUGAGAAGUUCAUCCGCGCGCUCAAUCUUCUUCCCAAUGAUCCUUCUCCACAGUCCUCCGCUGUUUCCGCCAAUGCCUGGCCGGGAUCGAUCACUGAGAGGCCGCUUCGCCUCUCCUCCAUCUCCGGCGAGGUCUCUGUCGAUGAGCUCGGGCAUCGUGCCGGCUACUACCGUCUUCCCCACACUCAUGACGCUAGGAUGUUCUACUUUUUCUUUGAAUCGAGGCAGAGCAAGAAGGAUCCCGUCGUUAUUUGGUUGACAGGAGGACCCGGUUGCAGCAGUGAAUUGGCUGUUUUCUAUGAGAAUGGACCAUUCAAUAUAGCCGACAACAUGUCAUUGGUGUGGAAUGAAUUUGGCUGGGAUAAGGCAUCAAAUCUUAUUUAUGUUGAUCAGCCUACUGGAACGGGUUUUAGCUACAGUUCAGACAGACGUGACAUUCGGCAUGAUGAGAAGGGUGUUAGUGAUGAUCUUUAUGAUUUCUUACAGGCAUUCUUCUCCCAUCACCCAGAGUUCGUGAAUAAUGAUUUUUACAUUACUGGGGAAUCUUAUGCUGGGCACUAUAUUCCUGCUUUUGCAAGCCGUGUUCAUCAAGGGAACAAAGCUAAAGAGGGCAUUCACAUCAACUUGAAGGGUUUUGCAAUUGGCAAUGGUCUUACUGAUCCAGCAAUCCAGUACAAAGCUUACUCCGAUUAUGCUUUGAAAAUGGGAAUAAUUAAAGAAUCUGACUAUAAAAGAAUCAAUAAAGUUUACCCAGCAUGUGAGCUGGCCAUUAAGCUUUGCGGUUCAUCUGGAAAAGCUGCGUGCUUGGCCUCAUAUUUGGUAUGCAACAGUAUUUUCAAUUCAAUUAUGGAAAUUGCUGGAAAUACCAAUUAUUACGACAUCAGAAAGGAAUGUGAAGGCAGUUUAUGUUAUGAUUUCUCAAACAUGGAGAAAUUUCUUAACCUGCAAUCUGUAAGAGAGCCUCUUGGAGUUGGUGACAUUGAAUUUGUGUCAUGCAGCCCUAAGGUACAUGAAGCUAUGCUCACAGAUUGGAUGAGAGAUUUGGAGGUGGGCAUCCCUGCUCUUCUUGAGGAUGGUAUCAAACUGCUUGUUUAUGCUGGGGAAUACGAUCUCAUUUGUAACUGGCUUGGGAACUCGAGAUGGGUUCAUGCCAUGGAAUGGUCUGGUCAGCAAGCCUUCGUCUCAUCAUCUGAGAAGCCAUUUAGCGUUAAUGGCAACAAGGCCGGAGAACUGAAAAGCCAUGGCCCUCUCACUUUCCUAAAGGUUCAUGACGCCGGGCACAUGGUUCCCAUGGAUCAGCCACUGGCUUCACUGGAAAUGCUGAGGAGAUGGAUGAACGGAAACAUUGCUGAUGCUGCACCAGAAUCUGAAGGCCUUGCUGUUGAUAUGUGAGAAAUACGUUAGAUUAUCUGUUCUUCAACUGACCAUACAUAUUAUAUGGUCUUUCAGUAAAUUUGAUGGAAUACUUUAUUCAUUUCGCUGCAUGCAUUGUUUGCUUGCAAGCUGGUCAACUUUAUUUUUUUUAAUAAUAGCUGUGUUAAUAUCAUGUAAAAAAAUAAGCACGCAAGAUAGUGUUGGUCCUCUUUAGAGGUUUAAAUGAGCCAAAGCUUUGGCGAGUUCAUUAUGUGCACAUGUUUAGCUCAUUUUAAAAUUCAAUUGUUCCAA